UGGAAAUACAGUAAUGGGGGGUGCACGACAUGGACACCGAAGUCGGGGUUUAGAAUUUCAGUACAGCUUCGGAUAGCUGCGAAGCGCUGCUUUGUUAGCUCUGCAAUUGUUUGCUGAGCCUAUUUUUUUUAAUAUCCUACGCGUUGCUUCGGCCCUUUUAUCAUUACAAAAAUAAACCGGAUUCUUCGACAAAACGAUUAAACUUGCUCGUACAAAAUACAACAGUAUUAAAUUACAAAAUACAAUUUUUAACAACUUUUGAAGUGGAAGGUGAAACUUUGUGUUUUCAGUGUUUUCUAGUGUCGCUCAAAUUUUAUGUGAAAUGAUAGAAGAUAGAUUUAAUGUAAUUUAGGUCUAAGCUAUGGAUUGUGACACAAAUUUGUACAAGAUACCAAUAAGACUCGACCCAGGCUCAUGGUGCCAAUUAAAAGUAAAAUAAGCGCAAAAUGGCCGCUCAAAAUGCAAAUUCCCGCUCAAAAAACUGUCAAAGUGACGUUAGCCGAGUGAAGUGAGUGUCCGAAAUGUACGUUCGCUGCACAGCAUGGUGACACUGAUGCCGUGUAGCUACCUCGGCGGCGGGUCCCCGCGCUGCAGUUUGGAGCAUACGGAGCCUAAGGCAAAGCGACCUAGGUCCGACAACAACACCGAUGUAUCUGAUAGACUAUCGGGCGAAGUCAACCAAAGCCCUUGCGGGUCAGAGUCAACGUCAAACUCGCCGCCAUCUUUGCUCCAAGACGCGUCACUGCCGGCGCUCCUAGUGUCCGGGGCGUCCACCAUUUUCCAGACCACGACGACGGCCGCCAACUCCGCGCUGAACGUAGCUGUAGAUAGCUUAUGCUUGCCUGGUAGCUCGGAGGUGGAUUGUAGUUUGGCGAACGGAUGUGCGACGUCGCUCGGGUUAGCGUUGCCGCUAACGUCAACCGGUGGCCUCUGUACAUCUACCUCCUCGCCAUCGGCGGUGGCCUGGUUGAUGAAUGAGGAUAGCACGGGCGGUGGCGUCAAGAGCGAGGUGCGCAGCCCCGGGCUGUGCGAGGCGGACGUGGCGCUGUACGGCGAGGCUCUGCCGUACGACCAGUCCACGCUGCCCUACCAAUAUUACAACAGUAUGCAGCAGUAUGGCGGCGGUGGCGCGGCGUCCUCGUACGUCGGUUCUACUCUAUACAACCAGCCCUAUACCGCGUACCCUCCUGCGCACAACUCUAAUAACAGGUCGUCGUGCAAAGCGACGCCGACCUAUUUGAGCUACGGCGUCGGCGGCGUGGGCUCCGUGCCGGGCUCGGGGUUCGGCGCGCAGCCCUCGCCCUACUACCCCUCCUACAAUGGAAGCCUGACACAGACCUUCCCCCAGCAAGACUAUAGCAGUUACGCAAGCAGCUACGCGGAGCACAACGUCGCCCAAUACAGCGGGUACUACGCAACGCCCAGCUACUCUCCCUAUCAUGCCGUCAGCUCGCCAAGCAGCAGCGGCAGUGCGGGACAUACAUCGUACCAUCUCGGAGGCGCGUUAUCAGAAUCGCCAUCGUCGAUGCUCCCUUCAUUAAAUGACAACAAUCCCUUAUCUCCAAUAAAAAAUGAAAUACAUGCAGCUAGCCGGAGGUGCAGAGAGAACUCUGGUGAAAGCACAAGCAGAACCCGUGGCCGGGGGCGGCGGAACACGUCCUCGUCGCCGGCGCAGCACGUGCCGGAGCCCGCCACGGACCGGGUGUUCAUAUGGGACCUGGAUGAGACCAUCAUCAUAUUCCACUCGCUGCUCACUGGGACCUACGCUACUAAGUAUAAUAAGGAUACACAACAAAUAGUACAGCUCGGAUUCAGGAUGGAAGAGAUGAUAUUCAGCUUGGCUGAUACACAUUUCUUUUUCAAUGAUGUUGAGGACUGCGACCAGGAGCACAUAGACGCGGUGGCGGCGGACGACAACGGGCAGGACCUGUCGGCGUACAACUUCUCGUCGGACGGCUUCCACGCGGGCGGCGGCGCGGGCGCGGGCGCGGCGCCGCUGUGCGCGCCCGGCGUGCGCGGCGGCGUGGACUGGAUGAGGAAGCUCGCCUUCCGGUAUCGCAAGAUCAAGGAUACUUAUAACAACUAUAGAAAUAGCGUUGGAGGCUUGCUAGGGCCAGCGAAACGGGAACAGUGGCUGCAACUACGAGCGGAGCUUGAGCAGGCGACGGAUAACUGGCUCACGCUGGCCUGCAAAUGUCUCAACAUGAUCAACUCUAGGGAGAACUGCGUGAACGUGCUGGUGACGACGACGCAGCUGGUGCCGGCGCUGGCCAAGGUGCUGCUGUUCGGGCUCGGGGGGGUCUUCCCCAUCGAGAACAUAUACUCCGCCACUAAAACUGGCAAAGAGACCUGCUUCGAGAAAAUCAAGCAACGUUUCGGCGAGCGCUGCACAUACGUGGUGGUCGGCGACGGGCAAGACGAGGAGGCGGCGGCCAAGGCCAAGAACUACCCCUUCUGGCGCGUCUCCUCGCACUCCGACAUCGCCGCGCUCUACAACGCGCUCGACAUGGGCUUCUUAUGAUUUAUGCGCGCCUGGUACACGAUACGUUUAGAUAUGAGGAAAAUGUGUCAUCGAUUCGGCAGGAACUAGAUAACUCUAGGACUCGUCUUUUUGACAUUACAGCACUUUAGCGUUACAUCUAGAACCGGGUUUCUUACGAGUUAUGUUAGCCUGGUAUUCAAGAUACGUAUAACGGUGUAGAAAUUACGGGGAAACAUGAACAAGCAUGACGUAUAAAAUGUUCAAGGAAUUUUUGAUGUCCCUAGUACUUUGUCUAGCCACUUUAAUGCCUUCGCGAGGGCUUCUUCUAAUUUCUGUGUGCCUGGUACACAAGUUACAAAAUUAUAAGGAAAUUUCUGUUAUAUAUGGCGCAGGUUCAUUCUCGUUACGCUCUUGUUGUUUCUGCGCGCCUAGUACACUAACUACGUAACAUUGCAGAAACUAUGUGGUACUGGAAACUGCGAUACGCGGUUAGCAAAAGAACGCAUUUACUUUUUUCCUUUGGAAAGCAAACUUCUUUUCAACAAAAACAACAGCACCAACAACGACAACAACAACAACAACAGCACCAACAACGACAACAAAAACAACAACAACAAUACACCAUGCAUACCGCGGUUCUUCUUCUUCUUUAAGUGCCUUCUCCAUCCCGGUGGUUGGCGACCUUAUGUCUAUAUGCCAUUCUAUCUGAAGUCAUGCGAAUUAGUUUUUCUGUACUGCCCACGUCCAACCAGUCUCUUAUGUUCCGUGUCCAUGAUAUUCUCCUUCUCCCACGUCCUCGUUUCCCUUCAAUCUUCCCUUCGAUAAUUAGUUUUAAUAAGUCAUAUUUUGAGUUUCUAUAUAUAUGUCCGAAAUAUUUAGCUUUCCUUUCUUUAAUAGUUGUUACGACUUCCACCUUUUUCUUCAUUAAUAACAUGACUCUUUCGUUACUAACUUUAUCGGUCCAUUUUAUCUUAAGCAUUCUACGAUAGAUCCACAUUUCGAAAGCCUGUAAUUUACUUAUCAAAUUUUACCGCGGUUGCAUUAGGUUAAAUUAAAACAUCUCUAAUUUGCACUCAAGAAGGUUUCUCUUCUCCACUCUACUCGAUUACAACCAAUGUAAUUGGUUGCUCCGCUCAUCUCUGUUUCAGUGAACAAGCAGCUGAACUAAAGCCGGUACUGAAAAUCUUAUAAAGGUUGUUGAGACUGUAGUACUGGUGGCAAACCGCAGUUAUUUCGAGAUACAUUUGUGGCAGUUAAAUUCUAGAAACUGUUAAAUAUGGUCUCUUAUGAAUAUUCGCUGACCUAUUCACGUACAGUUAAAUAAUUUAUUUUCCUCACCAUUUCGGACCUUGUCACAGUGACAAUCAAUAUGAAAGUCGCUAGGGACCUCAUACUAUUACCGAUAUUUACUAAUACCGAUUGUACACUGUUGAAUAAAUAACAGCAUGCGUAUUAUGGUCGCGCUUAGAUCCGAUACAGGCGGACUGCAAUCCGACUGCAAUUUGUAUGAAAACUGCAGUCGGCGUGCAGUUAGCGCGCGCUUUCCAUCUAAAAUGCAGUCCAUACCGGCCCAUACUCGGUGACAUACAAAAUACGUCACUUUCUGACAACGCGCUAAAAUAUGUCAUGCAUAAAAUAGCGCGAAUAUACCCACAACCUAGUACAUACUUACGUCAUGCAACUUUUUGGAUUGCUAUGUUUACAUGAACGCCAAGUCUGUGUGUACGGUCAAGGAAAUUAAUUUCAGUACCAUUUCGUACUUUGUCACAGUGACAAGUUUAUUAUGAGGUCUCUAGCGAUUUUCAUAUUGAUUGUCACUGUGACAAGGUACAGUCAGCCAAGAAAGUGGUCUAACACUCUUCGACUCUUAUCAAUGUGUGGUAGACCACUUUCUUGGCUGGAAAUUAAAUUCUUUGACUGUAUUUAAAAGUUUUAUUUAUAUUUUUACAUAUUAAGAAAUAAUGAACAAGUACGUUGUAACAAGCUAAAAGAUCUGCUAUAGUUUUGUAAAAUACCAUCAAUAUCAUAUCAUAUGUCAUAUAAGCGGUGGCCGCGACUUCUUCAGUCAUAAGUACAUUAUUAUAAUUUCUAGUUUCGGAGUUUCACGGUCACUGUGCUAGAUAUUAUUUAGUUUUAAAAGCUCAAAGUCAGCUCAAAAAACUUAUAAAAGUAAAUUUAAACAUUUUUUGUAUAUAUUUAUUAUAACUGUAGAUUUCUCGAACGAGAUCUACCAGUCCAUUCCUAUUUAGUAAGUCUAUAUUCUAUUAAUUGUACAGAAUUUUAUUUUAUUGAAAAGUGUAGGAAAUGUUUGAGAAUUUAGACGUGUACUGUUUCUGAGGUAUUGUUUUGAUGUUGCCAGAGACCAGAAAAUAAUAACAACUUCUAACCAUUAUAAAAAUGCUAUGAGGGUACAGCGAAUUGUCAUCUCAUAAAGCGGUGUGGAUCCUAAAUUCGUCGCUUAACCUGUCGGCUCAUUAUAUACCUAUAGGGUUACAUUAAAGAUAAAAAAUCUGUAUAGUGAUUAGAAUUCUUUAUUAUUUUCUGAUAUCUGAUGUCACUGUAAAUCUCUGUUGCAAAAAUGCAAUCAGCAUCUGCCAAGUUAUGCGCUCCUGGUAAAUGGUAAUAGUGCAUCUUUCACUGUGAACAACAAUUGUCAUCGAUUAAUUUUACAGACAACGAAGGUCAUGGUCUAAUUUUAUGCGGUCUUUCCUUUUUGUGUAAGAUAAGCCAAUUCGAACGCACACUGAUAUCAGAAUGACAUAUAAACGAUGUCAUUCAGGUAUAGUGCAUUUCGGUUGGUCGGUCGGUCGGAAAGUAUUGCGUACCGAACUAUUUUAAUACUUUGGAUGUUACCUACUCGGCGCUGACUGUACUUGUCCGUACAUCGACACGGGCAAGACGCAUAUAACUAAAUGAUAUCAUUCUGAUGUCAAUGUACGUUCGAAUUGGCCUGUUAAUAGUUUGGACUAUCGUCCGGGUCAGUUUCAAAGUUAGCAAUAACAUCGCUAUGACCCGAGCACACCGGCUGUGUGUGCUAAAACGUUGGAGCCGUGCACGCACACGUCACGCAAGCGGUGCACUGUCUCUCAUAAGGAUCUGUAUAAUACACCGCGCACAUGCACGUCUACACACACGCAUCCGGUGUGCACAGGCCUUUAGGGAGAUCUAUAUCAAAUAAAAAUGGCGAAAAAUAUCAAAACACAUCCUCAUUUGUAUGUUAACAAAGGUGUGUUACGAUAUAUUUGGCCACUUUAGCCUUCAUUAUGCAUUUCAUGGUACAGUCGACGUCAAAGAUAUGCUUACACUUUUGCACCUUAUGCCUUUGUAAUAAGGCGAAAAAUGUAAACAUAUCUUUGUCGUCGUAAUACUAGCAUAAGAAUGAGCUGUUUCCUUCAACUUUUCAAAAUGACGUGGUUGGUUGGCCAAACGGCUAAUACAUAUUUCUAAUGAUUUUAAGCAGACAACCUGUUGUAUUGUACUUUUUGAGAAACAUUUAUCUACCUACUUUUACCCAACUCAAAAUGCCGUUUACUAUUUUUCUAGCAAUAUUUUGAACUGCCUAAUAUGUUUCGUUAUUUCAGUAAGCAGUCUUAGUAGAUACAGAAGUUAGCAAUAUUUUAAAACUAGGAAAAUUGGUCAUUUGUAAAUAACAUAGUUUAAUUUUAGAAUAAAGCAGACCCAGGCUUAUACUAGAAAUAUUAAAUUUAAUUCGAAAGUUAUUAUUAUUCGAGUUGUAAAUAAAAAUAUAUUAUUUCACAAAAUGAA